CCACCGCACCGCCGAACAGUCCGGGAUUCCUUCAGUGCCGGGUCGGGGAUGCGCAUCUGGACCGGAGGAACGUCCCGGGGACAAUUACGCGUCGCGGUGCUCAGCUGUGCGUCUCCGUCUCCGUUUCUGCCCCCGCACAGGAAAUAACCCCCCCGGUGGAGCGCAGUUGGGUUGUUUUUGACAGAAUGGCUGGCGCAAAGUGCCUUCUGAAAACACCGAGUAACUUCCAGUCGUCUGCCAUGUUUGAAGGCCCGGAGUGUGUGGAGGUGGAGGCGGGCAGCACAGAGAGCACCGUGGCCUCGUCCAUCAGCGCCUGCAAGAAGGUUCUGUGCAGCAACACCGUGCUGGACUCGUCGGAGUACUGGCUGAGGAACGAGAAGGCUCUGUGCAGACUGGGCCUGCUGGAUGACGACACGGAGGGCAGCUGCACCAUGAUAUGCUUCGUCAAUCUGGACCCUCAGAAAACAGACUGUCGUGAUGAUAAAAACAUCAAGAAACUGGCAUCAGUGUCUCCAGACCUGCCAAAGCUUGUUGAAUUACUGACUAUCCACCAACCAAAGGAAAAUGAGAUCCUCCUGCUUGGUGGCCUCGAAGCUUCAGACACUUGCCAAACACACCCACACUCCCCCCCACAGGGCGGGCAGCAGAGAAGCACGGGCGUGUGCCUGGUUCACUGUUCAGGGAAGAGACGCGGCACACCGCCCGGCAGCAUCAUUUUCGAGAUCAAUAAGUUUCUCAUUGGUCUGCAGUGGGGUAAAGAGCGCCAGUUUCAGCAGGGCCGAGCCGCCGGGCAACGGGUUGAUGAUGACACUAAUCGCUCCAUUUCAUCCAUUGAAGAAGACUUCCUGACUGCGUCAGAGCACCUCGGAGAUGACAGCGAGGAUGAUGGCUUCAGAAAUGAGCCAGAAUGUGGUGACCUGGGAGAGAGCUUGGUAGAGGUUGCACAGAAACACUGUGUCAGACUUGCUUGUCAUAGGGGACAGCUGGCCCAUCACCAGAGCAAGGAGAAUUCAGAGGUGAAACGGGAUGGACCUCAGGCUUCAGCUCUCAAUACCAAGGAAUCUGCUGGUCAUUACGCUACCAACCUUGCCGAAUCAGUAUUGCAAGACGCCUUCAUACGACUCUCGCAAGACGAAACUUCCUUCGUCUCUGAAGCAGCCGUCAGUGUGUCCCUCUCAAAUCGUCCCUCCAGCUCCAACAGUCCUACGAAGAUCAAAGAGGCUGCUCGGCAACGUACCUGCUCCUUUGAACUCCCUAAAAUUGUUAUAGUUCAGAGUCCAGACAACAUUGAUGGCGCAGCGGAAUGGCCAGAGACCCAGGCGCCUCAUGUGCCUGACCAAAACAUGCCUGCCAAAGCCAGGAAAAUGCCCCAGGGUGAGACGCAAGUUGAAAUUUCCAACCAAAAUGGAGUGCACACAUCCAAACAUGUCGAGGUGGCUUUGGCUUGUGCUGCCAAUGUUAUCGGCACCAUCACUGCUCCACAGCUGACAGAGCAACUUGUUACUGAAUCGGUUUCUGAGGAGGAACCCGAGGAGGAGCUGCAGGAACCAGAGGAGAGAGGAGACUACUCCUUCUCCUCAGCGAUGUGUGGCAUGGCUCAGGUAGCUGGUGCAGUAGCAGCUGUGGAUCUCACACAGGAGGACCCAGGAAACGCGGUUGAUUCUGAUGCAGAUUCAACUGAAAUCUACACUGCAUCACGUGGUCUGAUGUCUGCUGCAGAAGCCUCCGCGGCCUUCACACUGCACUGCAGUGUGGCAGAAGGUACCUGUGUUGAAGCUUUUCGUGCCAAUAUUGCUGAAGUCCUGCACCGAGAAGCAGCUGAAGUUUUGACUCAACCACAAGGCUAUAAAAGUGUGGCGCACUUACUGGAGACUACUCAUAACAAGAUAGUAGAUGGGAUUACAUGUCCAAAAAAGUGCUGCACCGAUGAGAAAGAGGUGGACGACUUAAUAAACGAGGUUGCAGACAGUUUAUUUAAGCAUGCUUUGGAGAAAGCAAAAAAGAAAAAGGAGCUGGAAGGUACUGAAAAAGAAUCACCAGGCCUCCAGGUUUUCCUGCAAGACAGUGUGAACAAUUUGCUGUUUGAUAUUCUUUGCCUGACACAGAAGAAAAUCAGUCAUAUCUCAAGUCCAGACAACGGAUCAUGCAAAUCACAAGAUUUGUGUGCUCAGGAGCCUGCCACUGCCAAGGAAAGCAAAGACCCAUUAAGCCAGUUACAGUACAUAGUUGGUCAUUCCACCAACAUUGACAGCCACAUUGGCACCGUACACUACUCGGACAAGUCAACUAUGCUUCCAGGGCAGAGGCAGAAAAAUGUGUUUGAGGAAAAUAAUGUCAUGGCAUCUCCCUCCACAUCACACUUCAAAGAACAGCAACUGCAGCAGUCAGCAUGCAGACAAAGUCAGUCAAAACCCUCCUCCUUCUCAGCCAAAGACUUGUCUGACCACCAGCACAGCAACAAUGCCAUCAGAGAACCUUUAAGUGAAAUACCAGUUCACAGCACCGAGAGGAGGGGUCGACUUGUGACAGGCAGUGACAGCAGACAGUCGUCCCUAACACCGCAGUCCUCCCUCAACUCUUGCAGUUCUCUGCUGUCGUUCAAAAUGGACUCUGAAUCCAGGACACCAAUCACUUGCUAUGCUGAUGAUCUGGCUGCAACCGUGGUGUCUAUGGCCACAGAGCUUGCGGCGAUUUGUCUGGAAAACUCCACUGGUAAACAACCAUGGUUCUGUGCCCUGAAAGGGGCGAUGUCAGAGGGCCCAGAGGCUUACUUGCUCCCAGCAUGCCGCACAGUUCUCCGGAGAAAAGAGGGUCAGAGUAGCAACGCUGCCUCCAAGAAACAUCGUGCACCGCGCCUGAGCGAGAUUAAAAGAAAAACAGAGGAGCAGCCAGAGUUGAUGGAGCGCCUUGUUAACCGGGUGGUAGAUGAGACGGUCAACCCUGAUGAACCACAAGACCCAUUUGCCCUCUUUGCUUCUGAAGUCACAGCCAGGAUCAUGAAUUGCCCCGAACUCAAUGUCGUGGAUACCUCCAAAACCGGGCAGCAGCGCAGCAGGCUGCAGUGUGAGAGGUGGAGUCGUGGAAAGGCCUCUAGUUACGAGAGUAUCCCAGAAGAAGAUGCAGACCCCUCGGGGACACUCAACACCCUGGGCCCUGGCAGUCGCUUAGGCCAGAACUUGAGCCGCGGUAGCUCCAUCUCGAAGCAGUCCAGCUGUGAGAGCAUCACAGAUGAAUUCUCACGGUUCAUGGUCAACCAGAUGGAGACUGAGGGUAGAGGCUUCGACCUUCUGUUGGAUUAUUACGCAGGGAAGAAUGCCAGCAGCAUCCUGGCUGCAGCUGUUCAACAGGCUGCAUCAAAGAAAAACGGCCACCUCAAUGUCAGGGCCUCAUCCUGCCUGUCUAAGCAGUCAAGCACAGAGAGCAUCACUGAAGAGUUCUACAGGUUUAUGCUUCGGGAUAUGGACAAGGAAAACAAAGACUAUGGCAUUGCCAAGACUAAAGAGUGGAGCAACAGCCUGUUUCCUCCUUCUCCCAGAACGCCCUUCUGUAUACGACAGUCCUCAGUCCCAGAUCGUCGCUCCUCAGACUCUCGUCUGACUGUCAACUCUCCCAUUAAAGCCAAUUCUUUUGAUGGAUUUGCUCGCAACGUGCAUGGAGAUACAUUGAAUAUCUACCCCACCAACUCAGUGUCAGCAACAGGACUGUGCAAAUCAGACACUUGCCUCUACCAAAGGGGGAAGACUGACCAGAUUACAGAUAUGCUGAUUCACGAGACCUGGUCAAGCUCCAUAGAAUCCUUAAUGAGAAAAAACAAGAUCAUUGCUGAUCCAGAAGACAGUAUUGAGCUAGAGGCUGCAGGUGAAUCUCAGCCCCAUGUGCAGCAGUUUGCCAAUCGCCUGGCAGCUGAUAUUGUGGACAUCAGCAAAUGUGCCCGUGGAACACAGCAAGAUGUAGCUGGGCAGCACAUUCCUGGGUCGCACUCACAGCAGCACAUGCCUGUUGGAGAACGAAGGAGGGGAUUCAAACAGUCUCAUCUGAGUUGCAGUCGGAGUCGGUCCAGCCAGGAGCAAGCUGGCACUGGAGCCGGGUCUGGGUCCAGCGAUAGCAAUGCACCUUGCUUGAGGGGUCCCAGGGAUGUACCACUGAUCCACAUCGAGACAGACCACAGGGAUGAGGAGCCGCCAAUAACCCCUGAAAGAACCGGAGGGAGAGCUCAGGAAACGCCCUCAGACGUAGCUACCAAGCAUACAGAGAGAGCAACUGCCAACUGCAGCAGCAGUGAGAGGGACAGGCCCGCCGCGGCGGUGGCUGCUGUAGUGAAGCGGGACAAGCGUUCUAUGAGUGCUAGCAGUGAAGAGAGCAUGGGGAGCUGGUCUCAUAUAACCCCCGAAGAUGACCCCCACGAGGAGACCAGUAGUUUUAUCCAGCUGAGCGAGGGGAAUGGGACCAGCAGCACAUCCAGCUUAGGCCUGGCAGAUCUGGAUACUUUUUCAGAUGUGCCCACUCAGAGCACAGUAAUAAGUGAGGAGAAUACCAACUUGGCAGGAACCAGGGAUAAUGUCUUAGAGAGCGGGUCAGCGAGGACGGCAGGCAGCGGGAGUAACCUCAGGGAACUGUUGGUGGUGAACUGCGAACUCGAGCCAGACUGUGUGGACUCGGAGCUCAGAGUGGCUCUGCAGUGGAUCGCUGCGUCUGAGCUGGGCCUGCCUGCUCUCUACUUCAGGAAGUCCAGAGAGAGGAGAGUUGCAAAGUUCCAGAGGGUGGUCCACCUCAUGUCCCAGAAGGCCUGGCGGGUGGCGGAUCUGUUCAGAGCUGUGGUUCAGUUCUGUAAGCUGCAGGAGAAAGAGGAGGAGGCGGGCCGCUCGCUUCAGUCCAGCCUGUUCGAUUGGCUGCUGGAGACCCUUUAGGAUCUCCAAGAAAAUGACUUUUCUUGCAGCAAAACACAAACACACAAUCUCACUCACUUCCCCCGCAGGACUCCAACAGUUCGUCCCCUCUCAUCGCACCAAGUGUCUAAUCUGCAGGCUGAAAGCACAAAGCAAAUCAGCAUACUUGAGAAAGCCGUACCUCCUAACGUUGAAUUUUUCAUCAAUCAAUGGACCAAUCUCCCUUUAACAAAAGCAUGUUUAGAUUUACCUCUAAUAACACACACACAAACACACACACACUCAUGUGCACACACACUGUAGAGGUGUAUGGGCGGGGCAUCCCUGAUGGGAACGAACUAGCCCUCAGAAGAUUAUAGUCAGCAGGUUCUAACUGCUCCAGAAUAUAUAUUGCUAUAUGUUUGCAGACUCACAGCUAAAUUAUUUAUUACCAGAGAACACACAUGAAUAAAAAUAUCUAUAACAGCACAGGGUAAUCAGGUUGAAUUCGCCCCACAAUGCAACAUGCUCCAAUUUUUUUUUUUAAUUCUUUUUUCAUUAAUACCAGUUUGUAAAAGAGGCUGUGAACAUACAAGCCCAGAGAAAGCUCUGUCACUUUCCUCUGAUAGCCAUUUAGGAGUGCACAUUUGCUCAUUGUAAGCAAAGACAUCCAUGAGUUCGUUGUGUUCAUUGGCCGACUUGCCACCUCCGCUGUGACUCAGAAAUUAAAUUCAAAGUAAGUAUGUCUUUUUGUUCAUGUUACUCGAAAGCCAAUUAUUUUUGGGAUAGUUGUCUUGUAAAUAGUAUAGAUUUGGAACUGCUGCACCUUGGAGUAGUGGACUGCUCUCUUUAGCUUUUACUAUGUCUGGACAGACAGAGUACGGUUUGUAAUGUUACAUUUCUAUGUGGAUUUGGUCUGUUUAUUUCUCUAUUUAGUGGUACUCUAGUGUUACAUCAGUGUCGGGGGGUGGAAAAAAAAGCCCACAAUUCAGCUGUAAACUCUGUCAUCGUAGAACUGAAUGUAUCUAUCUUUUGACAUCAAUAAAUUUCUGUGAUGUGAAAUACA